CAUGAUCUGUGCACAGAAUCUGGCAUAGCUGGGAGGGAAAUGGAGAUAACAAAAGUAUUUUCAGGCCCCCUUAGAAAUUUUGCAAUGCCAUAAAGUCAGUAAUUGUAAUGGAUAGGUACAUUUGCUGGUUAAUAGGUAACAAGCUAGAAUGUCUCUCUAAAUCACCAUCUAGAAAUGUUUUGAAAGAGAGGGAUUGGAUGGUCUAUUCAGUGUAUUAAGUAGGAGAAAAAUCUGGCCAAUAAGGCAGAGUCUGUAAUGCCUCAAAGAGUGGGACACACUAUAUGCAUGAAUAAAAGAGGCAGAUUGUCCUUCCCUAAAAACACAGGAUUGAAUGGUAAGUUAAAUUACCCUGAAUAAGGUAAACUUGAUUAUUUAUGUGUAAUGCUAGAAUGCUAAACACAAAAUUAAUGGCAAAUAACAGUUGAGAGACCUCUGGAAAUACACUGUGAAAACCAAAGUGUUAUUUUCAAGAACGGCAGAAAGCAGAAACCCAGCAGACAACAUUAGGAAGACUGCUUAGACAUUCAAGAGAAAAUUCUCAGAACUUCAUUACUUGAGGAGCAAAGAUUUCAUAUGAAACAGCAGUAAACCCUUUGCUGUAGCUGCUACUAACUGGCUGCAGCCACAGAAGAGCAAAGGGCUCAGUGAGCUGAGUCUGCAGCAUCCCUGAAGAUGUCCAUGAACAACGCACCAAAUGUAUUCUCGGAUCCAAAUGCAAAUCGGUUUCAAGUUAACAUAAUUAACGAAGGCCUUGACAACAAUGAAACAGCCCAAGAGGAUGUGGGCUCUGACCCACCACAUUAUGAAGAAACAUCUUUUACUGAUGAAACACAGAACAGACUGAGAAUCAGUUACAGACCAGGAAAAAGAGAAUUAUAUGACAAUUUCCUUCAAAAUGCGGAGAAAACAGAAGCCAGUUUACAUCCCUAUGAUACUCACACUAAAAUGUAUUAUCUACAAACUUUUGGCCAUAACACAAUGGAUCCAGUUCCCAAAAUUGAUUAUUAUAGGAACACUGGCAGCGUCAGUGGGAAUAAGCUCAACAGACCAAGCUUAUUAGAAAUUCAUGAACAACUGGCAAAGAACAUCGCUGUGAGCACCGGCUCGGUGGAGAGAGUGGCUAAUGGAGAGAGCAGCGCCGGGGAUGAGACAGCAGCCGGCAAGGAAGAGGAAAACAAAGCAGGAUUUGUCAAGUUCGGAUGGGUGAAGGGUGUGCUGGUAAGAUGCAUGCUUAAUAUUUGGGGUGUGAUGCUCUUUAUUCGACUUUCCUGGAUUGUAGGUCAAGCAGGAAUUGGUCUUGGAGUAAUCAUAAUUCUCCUCGCCACGAUGGUAACCUCAAUUACUGGGUUGUCAACUUCUGCAAUAGCAACUAAUGGGUUUGUCCGUGGAGGUGGAGCAUACUACCUUAUCUCGAGGAGUCUGGGCCCAGAGUUUGGUGGAUCUAUAGGACUUAUCUUCGCCUUUGCCAAUGCAGUGGCAGUUGCCAUGUACGUCGUUGGAUUUGCCGAAACAGUUGUGGAACUUCUUAAGGAGAGUGAUACUCUGAUAGUAGAUGAGUCCAAUGACAUCAGAAUCAUAGGCACCAUAACUGUUGUCUGUCUUCUCGGCAUCACUGCUGCUGGCAUGGAAUGGGAAGCAAAGGCUCAAGUUUUUCUUCUAUUUGUUCUCCUUAUUGCCAUUGCAAACUUCUUUAUUGGGACAGUCAUUCCUACCAACACCGAAAAGAAGGCAAGAGGCUUUUUUAAUUACCAAGCAUCAAUAUUUGCAGAAAACUUUGGACCAGAUUUCAGAAGUGGAGAAGGAUUUUUUUCGGUGUUUGCCAUUUUUUUCCCAGCUGCCACUGGCAUUCUUGCAGGAGCCAAUAUCUCAGGAGAUCUGAAAGAUCCCCAGAGUGCGAUACCCCAGGGGACAAUGCUGGCCAUCGUGAUCACCACCAUUGCUUACAUUGCCGUGGCCAUUUGUGCAGCCUCCUGUGUUGUACGAGAUGCUACUGGGAACGUCAAUGAUACAAUUGUACCUGGAAUGAGCUGCAAUGGAUCAUCUGCCUGUGGCCUAGGCUAUGAUUUUUCCAGAUGUGCAAGUCAGCCAUGUGAUUAUGGGCUGAUGAAUAAUUUUCAGGUGAUGAGCAUGGUGUCUGGCUUUGGUCCUCUCAUCACAGCUGGCAUCUUUUCAGCUACUCUGUCUUCAGCUCUAGCAUCUCUUGUCAGCGCACCCAAAGUGUUCCAGGCUCUUUGCAAGGACAACGUCUACAAAGGGCUCGAGUUCUUUGCCAAAGGAUAUGGAAAAAACAACGAGCCCAUCAGGGGAUAUGUUCUCACUUUCGUGAUUGCUAUGGCAUUCAUUUUGAUUGCUGAACUGAAUACCAUUGCUCCCAUCAUUUCCAAUUUCUUCCUGGCUUCAUACGCCCUGAUUAACUUCUCCUGCUUUCAUGCCUCAUACGCAAAAUCUCCAGGUUGGAGACCUGCAUUCAGGUAUUAUAACAUGUGGGUGUCACUUUUUGGAGCCCUGCUAUGCUGCGGUGUGAUGUUUGUCAUCAACUGGUGGGCAGCUCUCAUCACUUAUGCCAUUGAGCUCUUUCUAUAUAUUUAUGUAACAUAUAAGAAGCCAGAAGUAAACUGGGGCUCCUCUACACAGGCUCUUUACUUUGUUAAUGCCUUAGACAGCGCUCUGGCAUUAACGACGGUGGAAGACCACGUGAAAAAUUUCAGACCCCAGUGCAUAGCACUAACAGGAGCUCCUAUGAUCAGGCCUGCUCUGCUGGACAUCACACACACCUUCACCAAGAACAACGGGCUGUGCAUCUGCUGUGAAGUGUUCAUGGGCCCACGCAAGCUGUGUGUUAAGGAGAUGAACAGUGGCAUGGAAAAAAAGCAGGCCUGGCUCACAAAAAACAAAAGAAAAGCCUUUUAUGCAGCAGUGGCAGCUGACAGCUUCAGAGACGGAGUCAAAAGUCUUCUUCAAGCCUCGGGCUUGGGCAGAAUGAAACCAAAUACCUUGGUGAUUGGAUUUAAGAAGGACUGGAGAACUGCACCUGCCAUACAAAUUGAAAACUAUGUGGGUGUUAUACAUGAUGCCUUUGAUUUUGAGCUCGGGGUGAUUAUUGUCAGAAUUAGCCAAGGAUUUGAUAUCUCUCAGGUCCUUCAGGUUCAAGAGGAAUUAGAGAAGCUGGAGCAGGAGAGACUGGCACUGGAAGCCACCAUUAAGGAAAAUGAGUUUGAAGAAGGAAAAAGAGGUAUCUGUGGAUUCUUCAAAAAAGCCAGCACACUCAACAUCUCAAAACAUGAAACAAAAAAGGAGAGCACCAUUAACACCAUGCAGUCAAUGCAUGUGGGUGAAUUCAAUCAGAAGCUGCUAGAAGCCAGCACUCAAUUUAAAAAGAAGCAGGGAAAAGGAACAAUUGACAUUUGGUGGCUGUUCGAUGACGGAGGUCUAACAAUCCUAAUUCCUUACAUUCUAACUAUCAGGAAGAAGUGGAAAAAUUGUAAAUUAAGGAUCUUCACUGGAGGAAAAGUCAAUAGGAUUGAAGAAGAAAAACUAGUGAUGGCUUCACUCCUAAGCAAAUUCAGAAUAAAAUUUGCUGAUAUUAAUAUCAUUUGUGAUAUCAAUAUAAAGCCCAACAAAGAGAGCUGGAAAUUCUUUGAAGAGAUGAUUGAACCAUAUCGUCUCCAUGAAAGCUGCAAAGAUAUAACAACUGCUGAGAAAUUAAAGCGAGAGACUCCAUGGAAAAUUACAGACGCAGAGCUGGAAGCAUUCAAGGAGAAGAGUUACCGCCAGGUCCGUCUGAACGAACUCCUACAAGAGCAUUCCAGAGCAGCCAACAUCAUUGUCCUGAGCCUCCCUGUGGCAAGAAAAGGAGCAGUGUCUGAUUACCUGUAUUUGGCUUGGCUAGAAAUUCUCUCCAAGAACCUUCCUCCAGUCCUAAUGGUCAGAGGCAACCACAAAAAUGUACUGACUUUCUAUUCUUAGGAAAACCUCGGUGCCUAGAAUAUGCCUUGCUUGAUCUCAACAUCCAUGUUUGUAAUGGCAGUGAUUUAUUAAAGACAUACUUACCUAAAACAAAUCUAAAAGUUAAAUAAUUAACAGAAAUUUUUUUAAAAAAAUCCAAAGCAACACAGCAAAGAAUUAGACAAAAAAAAAAUGUAAAUGGUCCCUGCUGGUGUUACACUCCAGUACAGGCAAAAGAAGGAAAAUCUACCUAUAUAUUAUAUAAGUCAGAAAAUAUUUGAAUGCACAAAGAAGAAAUUCCUCUGAUUUUAUAGAGUAUUGAAAAUUAUUUGAUAUUAAUCCUAGAAAGCCAAAAUUAACUGCUACAAUAUAAAUUUCAUUAAAUCUACAAGUAAAUACUUCUUUCAAAUUGCACUAUCAUAGUUGCUAAUAGACACAAAGUAGGAUUAAAAUGAAAUACACCAACCUGUGAGAGAGAAUAAAACCUGUAUGGCAUCCAUCAGGUCAAAGCCAUAAACUAACAGAAUGCAAGUGGAAUACUUGCAAUGCUGUUUGAUUGUAAUAUUGCCAAAUUAAGACCUAUUUCUACAGUAGAUGCUUUUACUUAAUUUGUUCUGCUAAUUUGUAUUAACUGUAACACUUCUAAUUAACUGACAAACAAAAACCUCACCUUUAUAAGAAUAUGGACUCUACAUGACAAGACUUGAUAUUGAAUUUUCAAGCUUUGACAUGGAAUACAAUGUAUGAUUGCAAUAAUCAAAUGUGGUACGUAUAUUUCACAAAAAAAUUAGUAAAAUAAUAAAUAUUCAAACAAUUUUUGCUAGGAAUAUUAGGGUUAAUACAAUCUGACAUUAUACUUUGGGAUAAUAUGUACAGUGAUUUAUGUGAUUAGAAAAUAACAAAAACUCAUUAACUGAGUUGAAUGCCUUAUUUUUUGAUUUAUAUAAAAGAUCUAUCUUAUUUUUUGACUUUCUAAAUAACAUUCAUUGUACACUAACUUAAAAUAAAGGAAAUCCAUUAA